UGUUUUUACAAGUUAUUUCGGAUGAUUCGACAUCGAUAAUAGCUAUAUUUUUAACGAGGAAAUCCCAAAGCUAUACAAGACGCAAUCUGCAUGACGGAUAAGGAAAAAUGUAAAGGAAGGGGCAAAGAAAGUGGAAGAAACAGUAGUGAAUCAUUGAAAGCGCGAUGCUUGCAUGUAUUAAUCUUUUCUUCUAGCACCGUACGCGACCUCGUACUUGAUAAAUAUCGUGUGUACAACAUUAAGAAUGAUAAUCGCUAACAUGCUCUCUUGCAGAGUCGAUCGUGCUAUAGUUCAACUGAUUUUCGCACUAGCAUGUAUACUUGUGAAACCAGUGUUUCCCUACGUGCUACCGGAUCCGAUUUUCGAAGUGUUAAAGCCGCAAGGUCUUCGAGUCUCUAUACCUGAUGCACCGGGUUUAAGAAUAUUUGGAUUCCACGCCAACAUCAACAAAGCAAUUCGCACUAAUGAAUACGGUCAAAUCGCUGGUGAUACCUAUUUAGCAACAGAUGGCCGCUGGAUUUUUGAGGAUUCGGACGUGACUAUAAAAAAUGGAGAUGUACUUCAUUACUGGAUUUAUGUGCAAACGAAUGGGAUUAAUCACAGAAAGAAUGACCAAAGAUGGACGUAUUCCCAAAAUGAAGUUGAUAAUCAAGAAACUACACAGACGAAUUCUUCAAAAUAUGAAAUUCCAACCGAGGGCCGAUUACUACUUGAAGACUAUUUCAAUUCUUUCAACGCGUCAUUAUGGAAACGCGAGAUAAAGAUGCCAUUAGAUCCGGACUACGAAUUUUGCGUAUAUCACAAUCAAAAUCAUAAGCAACUUGUGCAAGUUCAGGAUGGUCAAUUAUUCAUAAGGCCAAUUAUACUGGAAGACUAUUAUGGCGAGAACGCAACCGCAUAUGGAAGAUUACAACUUAAUGAAUGUACGAGCUUGGUUGCUUUCGAAUGUACGCGACAGGCGUUAUCUUAUAGCAUUCUGCCACCCGUUAUAUCUGCACGUUUUACCACGAAAGAACGUUUCGUUUUGCAAUACGGAAAGAUCGAAAUACGCGCGAAGUUUCCUGAGGGCGAUUGGCUGUAUCCAGAAAUGUGGCUUGAACCACGUUAUUCUACUUAUGGUAUGAACUACGCCAGCGGCCGUGUUCUUCUGGGUUUAACACGUGGCAAUGAGAACUUGGUGAAUGCUACGAACGUUUCGAAGAUCUAUGAUACUAGACGAUUGGAUUUUGGCGUGAGAGUAAGCCCAUCCCUUAAUGAGAUCCAAGAAAUACUCGUCACAAAAGUAAACGAAUUCGGACCACGAUGGACGAAGGAUUUCCAUGUGUACACGACGAUCUGGACCAGUGAUGGUUUCACGUUUUUGGUCGAUGGCGAAGAAGUUGGCCGAAUAAGCCCUAAUGAAGAGGGAUGGACGAGUGGUCCUCACGCAGACAGAAAAGCUGCCCCGUUUGAUCAAGAGUUCUUUAUCACUCUUGGUGUCGGUGUGGGUGGAGUACGUGUGUUUCCGGAUGGUACACACAGUUCCGGAAUGCGAAAACCAUGGAGAAAUAUAGACGCUAAGGCAAUGUUGAAUUUCUGGAACUCUCGGAACCAAUGGUUACCAAGCUGGAGACGAGACAGUGGCAAUAAGACUGCUUUUGUAAUAGAUUACAUCAAAGUGUGGGCUUUUUAAAUCAACGUUGAUACAUGCAUAAUUCUUCAUUUUUUAUCAUAUUCAUUAUUUUGUUUUUUAUCAUUUAUGUUAUUUGUAAUGGUAGACCGGAUCUUUUUUAUCGCGCAACAAUUAUAUCCUACGUAGGCAUUCAGUAUUGCGAACAUGAAGAAACAAGCUAUCAGCAAAAAUAGGCAAAUCAGUUACCUUCUGAUUCAAUAAUGGCAGAAGAUUACAACGUUGCCUGCAAUGUUAUUGCACUUGGAAUCUCCACUAAGACUUAUAAAGGCCUUUUUACCUGCGUAACGCAAUUAGAGUCCUGUAAUUGGACCACUUCUGUUUCUAUAAAAGGGUGAACGAUGCUCCCAUAAAAUUGGAAAGAAAUUCAGGGUCGCCCGGAGCUGGUUUUUAUCUUUAAUGAUGCCUCCAUUAGCCGCUCGGACGGUUAUCCUCUGAUAAUAUUCCUGCCGAUCACGACAUGAACAUGAAAAUGUCUUAAACCAGCGCAAAGUUUACCAAGGACAUAAUAUUUUCUAUAGGAUAGAUGGUACCAUUAAUCGUAUUUACUUCAACUAAAUUUUGCUCUAUGCGUUACAUUUUCCUUUUUUUCUAAUAGCUACUUCUCUAUUCUAUAUGUUCUAUUGUAUUUUCUAUUGUAAUCAAAUAGAUACAAAAUUAUAUAAUCAAAGAAUAAUCAGGUACUUAUUUAUAUUCUAAAGAAAUAUUACAUCAUUAUAUGAAAAGCGGCAACGUGCAUAGCUCAUAGCUAAAAAUAGGGUACCAGACAUGAUAUAUUAUGGCAAGUGAUGAUUGUCAAGGUCAUCCCUGUGGCAGGUUCGAUUUUAUUCGUCAGUUUCACUUUUUUUACGUCGAAAGUUCGAAAAAAAAUUUGUUUCCAAGAUUGUAUAGCAAAGAUCUAUCUAUCUGAAGUUGACAGUACUUUUUUAAACAAUGUAUAAAAAAAUUAGAUGAAAAAAAAAAGAACAUAAUUAAAGCACAAUGUCGACUUUCGACCUGGCCCAUCAUUCAAACCGGUUUACCUCGGUUAAUGUUGGAAACAAGAAAAAAGGGUCAUCAUGCGGUUUCUUCCGUCUGCUUCGUGGUAUCACGACUGAUGCUCUGGCCGGAUCCGAUUAAUUUUAACGUUCUAUGGUGCGCACGUGUGUUACCUUUACUGUGGCAUAAAAUCUCGAUAAAGUCGAACGACUUCAGUUCGGCUUUAACGUCUUGUCUGGUUUUGUUUUUGCGGCCUUUUCUACGCGGCGAAACUUUUUCCUCAUGAACAGUCGAUCGAUAGCUCCCGCGGUAGCUACCACGAUUUCCUCUCCUACGGUUGGCAGACAAUUCAAACUGUUCUAACUUGUAAUAAAUUUUGUUAAAUGUGUGUAAACUUAGUACUUUAUUUUAACUUAAGUCAGUAAGUCAGUAGUCACUUGCAAAGAUCUCGUGACA